UGCAGGUCAGAAGGAAAUACUGUAAGCUACAAAACCGCAGUGAAGGGGGCACAAGCAAGAAGGUGAUAUUCAUGGUGACAAGCUUACCCAAAUCUAGCAUCUUCGGGCUGCUGGUAUCAACGUGGGGCUAAGCUAGAUGCAGAACUUUGGGUGGCACGGUUCGAAUGAAGAGAACACCGAUUGUGAAAGGUGGUACGUUGCUCCAUUCGACCAUCGAAAGGCAACUUCCAAUUGUCACUCCCUCUGCUGUUUACAGUUGGUUGAAUGCCUAACUGGAUGAUCCGACACUGACACUUUUCCCAUAAUUCUCUCUAAGAACGAUGGAGCUCGGACGAAAGCUGGCGUUAAUGCUGGUGGCCGCGGCCUUCCUUUGCUCUGGGAAUUUAUGCAUCAUCGCGUCCAAAGUCGACGGCCUCGUCCCCUACAGCAGCGUCACGGUCACGUUCCUCAUUGAAGUUUUCAAGCUCACCGCCAUGUUUGCCGCUAUCGUCAUGACUGACACGACAACCCCCGAUCACCUGCAUCUGCACAAAAGCUUUUACUAUGCGGUCCCAGCGCUAUUAAGCGCUCUUGAGAGCAAUCUCAACUACGUCGUGCUGCGCUAUCUGGACGCUGCGACGGCCUCGGUGCUCUGGAAUUUGAAGAUUCUAUUGACCGCUGUGCUAUUCCGCUACGUCCUCAAGCACCCACUCUCAGAGCUGCACAAAAUGGCAAUUGUUUUGCUCAUCCUGGGUGUGUUGACCAGCCAAUCCGACCGCUUUCGAGUAAUGAAUAGCAACUCAUCCAAAGACUCGCAGUAUAUGGCACUCGGCUUGUGUCUAGCUCUCGUUGGCGUGACGUUGUCGUCCUGUGCGAGUGUCUUUGCCGAGUGGACGUUGAAGCGGCAGUCGGGCUGUCAGUUCUUGUGGCAAAGCGUGCAGAUGUAUGGCUUCGGUGUGUUGUUUAACGCUCUAGGCCUGGUACUGGUGGAUGGGAAAUCGUUGUUAACGGAGGGAUUCUUUCACGGCUACAGUGGCUGGACGGUGGUCGUUAUCAUCGUGAACUCCAUUGGAGGGAUUUUCAUGGCCUGCAUCCUCAAAUAUCUGGAUAAUAUUGCCUGUGUGUACUCUCACUCGAUUGCCAUGAUGUUCACGACGCUUUUGUCAAUGAUUUUCUUUGCCUUCUCGCCGUCACUGGAGUUUGCUUGCGGACUUGGCAUACUCGUCAUCUCCAUGUAUCUGUAUCAUCAUCCACUAGCGCAAGUUGUGACUGAGAAGGAAACGUCUCCAGUCAGCGAUACGAGCAGCGAUAAUGACGAGAAUUUAUCGACUACUGCCACCUCAGUGCAACUUAAAAAGUUGAAGGAGUACAAGGAGGUUCCGAGCGAUACAAAAGACCAGCUUGAAAUCCCUUGA